CUCAGCUUGGUUUGUCUUGCUUUCUAAGACUCUUGCAGGCUCAAUCUCAUCGCGCGAUGGCCAUCUCGUCCAUUUGGUGCCCUCUCGACUCAUAACAGGAUAGUGGCCUUACCGGCGCGGCUGUCCUUGAUUCUGCACCAGACGUCUGAUUCACCCACCCAGCCUUGACGGUAAGACGUCUUCCGACAAGUCAACGCGGUCGCAAUACGCCCACUGCAAAAAUUCCAGGACUGGAGGCUGCAGUCUACUUUCCUUGGAAACAUGAGGGCGCCUCUCACCAAGCCAUGUUUUGCCGUGUCAACAAAUCGUGAUGCAGAGUUCCCUGAUGUGGUGAAGGCUUUCUCUGAGCCUUUAGCCGGUUGGGGUCGCAGCAGUCGAGAGUUUUCACACAGAAUAUCCACCAUCAAGGCUGUCAACAUCAUUGUACGGUGAAAAUCGAUAGCAUUGUGAUAGUAAAUCCCGUGCUGGCCUUUUGGACGACAUCCCGUGGCCGACACCAUCAUAUCUGAAGCAGCGAACCUGCCCCACCUAGAAACGAACAAAGUCCGGCCAGCCCGACAUUCAACCACACCAUCCAGUAUCAGACCGCUUAGCUUCUCAGCGGCCAACAAUCCUUCUAUCCACUUUCGUCGCAAGGAGGAUGGGCAAACCGAAAGGUAAAGGCCUCAAAUCGGCGACGACUGACACUCCCCAAGAGUUAUAUUCCGAACCCCUCUCUUUUCCCAGGCCGACGAGCCCUUUGAGAGCGGCCGACGGCCAUAAUGUGGACGGUUGGGCGGACGAGGACAUCCGAACUUACAACGAACUGCUCAACGAAAGAGCAAAGUUGGAAAAGGAAAAGAACGAGCUGGAGCAGAAAUCCUCCAGACAUCAAACGCAAAGGGCCUUGCUAGAUGAAAACGCCACGGCUCUGGACAAGCUCUUCAAAUCCCACUUAGGAGGCGACUUCAAAUUCACGGGCUCGGGGACCUGUUGCUUGGACGUUGAUGUGAGAGGAGUCGAAAGUGCCGAGGGCACUGACGGCUUCUGUAAGCACGAAAUCUGCCUCCGCGCAAAGACAAAAGGGAUUUCUUGGAUGGAGAUGGACACGAUAAAAUACUACCACGCAAGAAUCAUGGCCGAGAAAUCGCAAAGAAUGCAAAACGCGCUACGCAAGCAGAGAGAUGUGGAAUUAGUGCGCGUUAAAAAAGAUGACGAGGAGGAAGCCGCCUUAAGAGCCCGCAGAAACGCAAUUUUGGACAAAGCCACUCGCACCAGCCUCCCUUCAACACCAACAAUCAAGGAUGACAAAGGCAGCAGCACGUUGGAGACCUCAGCGCUAGAUCUGCUCCCCAUGGCAUCCAAAGAUUUUCUCCUUGAUCCCAAAAACAGCGCAAUCUUGGAGGCCGCCAAGGAGAAUGAGCACAUUGUGCGCAGAAUACGCGGACGGCUGGAUAAAAUUCGACACGACGUGAAUGCAGGAAGAGUCUCACCUGCGGAUGCCCGUGUGAAGCUAGACCAAGCAAACUCUGAGAUGGCGGAAGCCGAGAGGAAGAACAACGAGUUCCGGCAGAUGAUUCUCGAUGCCGAACCUGCUCUUUCACAUCUGCAUCAGCAUCCUGCCGCCGCAGGGAAUCGCACAAGCCCCAACACCCCGGCAAGCUUGACGACAGUGCUUCAGAACACUUUGGCAUCAUCCAAUGCUGACGCCUUUUCUCAAGCCCUCAGUGUGAUGAAGGGUUUCUUCAGUGCUUCAGAUCCACAUGAUGUCCAAACCGCCAUCACGGACUUGCGUAGCGUUCUGGAACUUAAUGGCCCGAUGUCUCCUGUCCUACAAAAAUCCUUCAAAGCUCUCGAAGAGAUGCUCGCGAAACCCAAUGCAAAAGGCUUCACGGUUGAUGUCACCACUGGUGAUGGAAAGACGAGGACCUGUAAUAACGUGGUCGAGGUUAUGAUGAACCUCCGGUUAAAGAUGCAAGCCUCCGACAAUCCCUCCGCCGCUGCCGAUCCCGACCUCAAUCUGGAUGAGGACACAAUCAAAGCCAAUCUAGAAUGUAUCAAGGUCGAAGAUGCCGCAAAGAAGGACAUGCAAAAGAUGGUGGACAGGAUGGCCGGAGACACUGCACUUAAUGUCACUACCGCGCUCAAGAAGAUCAAGGCAAAGGCUAUUCUGAAAUCGCCCAUCCCACCACUUUCCGAUAUCGUUCUUGAUGAUGUGAUUAGCGAUAUCCUCUUUCAACGAUCGGUCAAUGCUCUGGUUGCUGAAGCCACCAGGGGUUCAAGUCUGGCGCAACUAUCUGGAAAGGUGACUUCCCUUAUUAUUUCGACCUCCCGAAACAGCCCGGGAAAAUAUCUGGCAACACUAAGCAUGACGAAAGAUGCUAUAAUCAAAGGGAAGAAACGCCCGCCUGAUCUACUUCUCGAGGCGAUCUCGAAGGUAGAAGCCUCAAUGACACAAUUCGUCAAAGCCUACGGCGAGAAAAUAAAACAGAUCGACGCUGAGGAAAAAGCCAAUCCUAACCCACCUCCCAAGCCCGAUCUCCCGAUUAAACAUCUCCUGGAGGGUACACAUGUCGACAAAAAGGCUUUCGAACUCUUCAAGAAGUUCUUCCGCACUCCAUCGGCAAACGACACCGCAGCAUUGCGAGCCCGUUUCUGCGAAUAUCACCACUUGAAUAUCGAAGAGGGUAUGUGGGACAUGUUGCACGUCGUGCUUAAUCACCAAACUUCGGGCAAAUUCUGGUGGGCAAAUUGGGAGGCCGAAAAGAAAUAUUGCAUCGAGAAUAUGCAAGUCGCCGCAGCUUCACCGACAGCAAAGGUUGCUGAUACUGUCUUGCAGCUGCAAGAGCUCGGCAUUUGCCCUGCGAGGGCUGCUAUCAUACUCACGCAGCGUAUCGCUUUCCAGAUGAGGCAGGACUCCGAAGCCGCCAAAAUCAACAUUAUGGCGCUCAGGGACAUUUACGCGGAUUGUGAGUCACUCAAGCACAAAGAAUGGGCCAGGUCUUUCAACUUCAUUGGUCAAGCCAUGGCAGACAUCUUUGCGAUGUUGAUGUUUGAGUUGGUCGGCAAGGUCAAUUUCGAGAUCGCAAUCAUGGCUGCGGACUUUGUCGCUUUUAUAUCCACUUUCGUGCUCGGAUCCAUGGACGCCAUACGAGCUGAACUUAACCUACGUUACCUCGAGCAGUUUAUCCUCAGCACUCUGAUGGAAAGUCGUACCCCUAUCACCAAGUGCCGGGAUAUCUUCUCCCGGUACGUCCACAUGUGCCAGGAUUCUUCGAGGUACAGGUGCUCUCCAGACCAUAGAUGUCAAGCGACAUACUCCCGAUUUGUCACCGAGAAGUUUGCCUCGCUCGUCCCCGCGCCACUGAAAGUGAACAAGAAAGGAAAAGAGAGCCCAGAAAAGGCUGCGCCGUCUUCAACUAAAACUAGCUCUGGCCCUCCGCGACAUGUCCACAUUCGAGUAACAGUCAAUGCCUAUUGGGAUGUCGCCAAAAGUCUCACGCCACACUUGAAAUGCAUCGAGGGUAACAAGAAGAAAAAGAAGAAGUGUUCCUGUAGUCGUGCUGACCAGGAGUUUGCCGAAGAUAUUCAGGUCCUCAAGCACGCUCUCGAUAUCAAUCUGGCUGAACUUGAGACCAUGGUCAAGAAAGGCUUGAAACCUCCCAAGGACUUGUGGGACGUGCUGGAGAAAAAUGCCCUGGCGCUACAUGAGCGCCCUGUAACCUACGAAGGAAAUCAACGGAGAAUAGCAGAGUUGAGGGCAAAAGUAGGGACUGGUCGCUUUGCGGAGGUUCCUCCUCCCAUCCAACCGGUGGCCAAGGACUCAACAGGCAUGCAACGACAGCUCAGUCUCAAGUCAGUCCCUGUCAACGUUCCUAGCAUCCAAAACAACCUGUCAAGCAACACCUCCGAGAAAGGGAACCUUGAAAAAGAUGCAACAGAGAAUUACUCUGGACAUCAGAACGAGACAUCGCUCUCGACCGAACCAAAUGAAGUGGUGGCUGAGACUAAGUCCGCUUCCACAGCCGAUCAAGACGACGAGUCCGACUGGCACAUGACGGACCGAGAACUUGAGAUCAGAGACCAAUUGCUCAAUUUCUCUGACAGCGUAGACAUGAUGCACUCAUUUGCGUCAGUCAUGCAUCAUGGUGCGAGCGAUCUCGCUCUCGAUGGCGUGGCGUGGCAAAUUGAAGACAUGCUCAUUGGCCAUGUGGAAAUGGCGUGGAUCAUUGCAAGAGCUCAGGGCUAUAGGGGACUGCAAACUUGGAUGGAGUACUAUUACGCACAAACCAUGCCCACGCCUUUGGGGGAGAACUUCAAAGUUAACGGCAGCGGUGAAUACAGUAAUGAUGGAACCUUGGCGGACCCGAACGCAAGAAAAAAGACUAUAGCCUUCGACAUUAUCAGCAAGAUGAACGGCGGGAAAGGGAAACCGCAGUCUCAAAUCACAGGCCCUACUCUACCAGCGGUAGCAAACUCUGCGGCCGCCAAUGCAGCAGCACCAGCUCCUCCCUCUGUGCAACAAGCUGAACAAGCCGUGUCUGACAUGGAGCGACUUGGUCGCAAUUUCCUCUCGCAGAUGCAGAUUGUCUCGAAUCGCCGCAAGCGCAUGCCGAAGCGUAAGUGGUAGCACAAAAUGAAGGUCUUCCUCUGUUCCCGGUUAAAGCCAUAAUUAUGUUGGCCGAGGAAACGCUGAGACACUGUUUCACAAUCGACUUCUAUCGAAAACUCAAAGGCGUGCGGCGUUAUGGAAUGAGGAAGAAAAGGGAAGCAGCAUGAGCAGUUCUCAUUGACCUCCUGAGGAAAUGCAUUACGCGAUGACUGAAUUUCACAAAGGGUAACGGAAAUGAAUUCAAGCAAUGUGCAAACAAUGCAAUGGCUGUACUGCGGAACGCCAUCUCAAAAAGAGGGAAAGAAAAGACGAAAACACACAAAAAAAAGGGUUGUGGACUAAACUUUUGCUCUAAUGCUCGAUACGAAUGCUCGGUCUUGUCUUUUCGGGGCUCCAGGCCAUGCUGGACAACAUGGAUGCAUGGAUCAAAGGGCGUCGCUUGGGUCUACGAAGACUUCUUUUCGGUAUUCACCGUGUACGCAUGUGUUCGGAUGGGGAAUUGGGCAUCUUGUCUGCUUACCUGAUUGCAUUUCGGGACACAGCCAUGCCAUUGUACGACGCAGGAGCCGGCCGGAUAAGGGAGAAAGAGGAAGUAAGUGAGAGCUGGUGGCAGAACGGUAUAGCAAGACUAGGUGUCUGAGGGAAGUAGUUGGCUAGGAGCUAGAGUACGAGUUACGGCAGAUGUGUAGGUAGGUUAGUUGUAACUGCGUCCGAAAUGGCAGACAUGUGCAAAUCAAC